AUGUCUGCCCCUCGCCUGUUCCGCCGUCCCGCCAUUCUCCUCCUACCGUGCACUGUGACACUCUCUAUACCUCGCCAAAGACUCUUCUCGCAAUGCCGCUCUCGCCUUCAGCAGAAUUCAGGAAGGGAUAUAGAAGAACGUCUACAAGCUGCGCGACCGCUCGUCUCUCACAAUGCUGCGCGCAGGUUCACACAAGCAGGCAGUAGUCGCAAUUCACGUAUCACGGUCAUCGCGACUGUUGUCGCAGCCAUUGGCUUUUACUUUUACAACUCUCAGACGGUGCCUGUGACGGGGCGACGACGGUUUAACUUUCUUUCCGAUUCUAUGGUUGCUCGCGCGCAUUCAAAGGCAGCUGCGCAGAUCAUUGAGCAAGUCAGGGCGCAGGGUGGGCAUUUCUUGUCGGAUUGGGAUCCGAGGACGAUUUUGGUCAAGAGGGUUAUGAAAAGGCUGAUUCCUGUGAGCGGAAUGACGGAUCUCAAUUGGGAGAUUUUCGUGAUAGCCGAUAGUCGUACAGCUAAUGCUUUUGUUCUUCCUGGUGGUAAGGUGUUUGUGCAUAGUGGCAUCAUCAAUGUCUGCCGAAGCGAAGAUGCCCUUGCUGCGGUGCUUGGUCAUGAGAUAGCACACAACACAGCCUCGCAUGCUUCAGAACGUCUUUCAGCUGCGUGGGUAGGAAACUUGACAGCGGGCAGUUUAUUCUUUCUUGCUGGAGCACUUCCUGGUCUUGCGCUAUUUGGACUAUGGAAUGUUGUAGGGGGAUACUACUUGCAAGAUCUGCUCUUCUACCUUCCCAUGGGACGCAAGCAGGAGAGCGAGGCUGAUUACAUCGGAUUGAUGAUGAUGGCCGAAGCGUGUUAUGAUCCUAGGGCAGCUCUGGGCUUCUGGCAACGUAUGGAUGCUCUUCAGCACGCUAGUGGACAAGAGGCGCCAGAGAUGCUGAGUACUCACCCCUCUAAUGAGAACCGCAUCACAAAGAUUAGCGAGUGGUUACCACAGGCCAUGGAGAAGCGGGAAGAAAGCGAUUGCCGAGGAACAGCAGCAUUUGCGGAUCGUUUCCGUGAUGCAAUUCGAAGACGAUCUACUACCGUCGUGAACCUAGCUUGGCAUCAUAAGAACUACGCGUUUUGGGUAGAAGAUGACGACGGCGUCAUUCGAAAGAGUUUGAUUUUGUUUGAGCUCUCCCCCAGCCCCAAGUCUUCUGUAAUAGAUAAAAGUGCUGCUCGUGACCGUGAACCGAGGCAAAGUCCCCCCCACUUGCCGGGGAGCGUCUCCGGGAAGAACUCCUUGUUUUCUUUCCCAGCUUUCCUUGUCUCUAUCUUUUCAGACUUAUCAAACUCAUAUUUACGAUACGCUUUCUUCAUCUUCUCUCACAAGUUACUAAACUAUAUCCUCAAGACCAAUCUCAUCUACUUCAUCAUCAUGGGCGAGACAUACACUACCGCCGAGGUCCAAAAGCACAAGGACGAGGCCAACGGCUUCUGGCUUAUUGUUGAGAAUGACGUUUACGACGUUACAAACUUCAUCGAUGAACACCCCGGCGGCGCCAAGAUCCUGAAGCGUUGGUCUGGAAAGAAUGCCACAAAGGCUUUCUGGAAGUAUCACAAUGAGGGCGUCCUGAAGAAGUACGGAAAAGACCUCAAGAUUGGUGCUGUUGGCGAGAGUGCCAAGCUAUAA